GGAGGCAGCCCAGGCAACAGCCAGAAACACUAAACGCAGCGAUAAGAAAAGCUGCUGCCUCUUCGUGACUCGUCUGUGUCCGUGGUAGAAAAAAAAAAAAAAACUACGCUACGUUUCUAAAUUGGAUUUUGAUCACUACGUCCAUCAUAUAAAUCGGGGAAAAAAUAACGAAAUACCUGUUUACGCAAGAUUCCACCCUAUGGCUACAAGUUUGCUUUAUUGGUUGCUGUUCAUUCCACCAGACAACCGGGGAGAUAUAGAAUAAAGAUAUAGACAGCCUGCGAUGCAUGAUCCAGCUAUGUUUGGAAUAUGCAGGUUUGUACUGGGAAGUCAUCUGGAAGAGUGAGGAGGCAAGGUGUUUUAGAUAUCACCCAUGGUCAUGAGGAUGUACAAUGUCACCUGUGAUAUUUUUUUUUACUUCCUUUAAUCUCAGCCAGGAGUUUCUGAAAAAGAGCAUAAGUGAACCAGUGGCUGCCAUACAAGCCCAGUCUAUAGCACCCCCACCUCUGUGCUUUGGAUUUUCGACAUUUCCUUUUCAUCUUCACACUUUGCUCUUGCCACCACUCUGAUGCAAGUUGAUCUUAAGCCCCUUUCAGGCAGGCAUUGCCACCCUGAACUUCUCUAGAUAUUAGCUGGAGGGGCUGUAUGUGUCAACGCAAAUGUCUGAAUCAAUCAGGGAUUUUACCCUGCUAGCUCCGUAGUACCAAGUCCGUGGUUAUUUCCAAUAGAUCCUAUUUGUGAAUGGAGCAGGAAAUUAUCUGCAGAAUUCACUGCAUGCAAGUGGGCGUGCUGAUGACAUUUCUGUCGUGCAACUGGCAUGAAAACUGAAGAGUACAAACAUCCGGAACAUCCGAGUGUGAAGAAGAAGAGUCAUUUAUACGAAAAUGGAUAACUGGUAAGAUGAUGGGAAUCGGGAAUUUUUGUCAGUAAACAAAAGGCUGAGAUUUCCACAGCACACUUUUUGUACCAUGUCCUGCCUCCUGCAUGCACUACCCAAGCGCCACCCCUCGCCUAAAACAAACGGAGUACUUCUGAAAUCAAGACAGCAUGACAUAACCUCAGAAAAACAUAAAGUCAUCCACAGCCAAUUCAAGCACUUCAAGAGCCAAAUCUGAACACUGGAAUAGCUGUUUGAAAAUGGCAUUUUUGAUGAACCCACGGUAUUCAGAAAGUAUGUGUAUGCGCUGCAUAGAACGAAUAAGAUGAAAGCAAUCUCAGUUCAACCUUUUUUCUAUUGGACUUGACAAGGAAGCAGGAGGAGGAUUUCAGAAUGUUUUUAAAAUUAAGAAAAUUUAGGAAAUGUAAAAUAUUCCAACUGACAGUCAUAUUGUUUGUUUUGUCUAUUACAAAUGUCUGUUGGGAGGACCUGGAUCAACGUGUAGUCAGCCACCUAAAGUCGUACUUAUACCGUUACUUGAUCAACAAUUACAGUUUCAUAAACAGCAGCUUCUUCACUAGUCAGGAGAAGGCCCAGAGCAUCAACACCUACCCCUACUUGAUCAACAAUGAGCACAAAUGUGAAAAACAGGACGUGCUACUUCUCCUAUUCGUGAAGUCAUCUCCUAAUAAUGUAUAUAGGAGGCAUUCUAUUCGCUCAACCUGGGGCAAUGAGAUGUACAUCUUGCAGACUCUGGGCGUCAGAAUGAGAGUGCUGUUUGUAUUGGGCGUGCACAAGCAGCACCAGCAAAGGCACUACAUCCAGCGAGAGCUCAUCAGAGAGGCUCGCAGGUAUAAAGACCUUGUCCAGCAGGACUUUGCUGACACGUUCCACAAUCUUACUGUCAAGCUGGUCCUCCAGUUCCAAUGGGCUUACACCUACUGCAGACAAGCCAGGUUCGUCAUGUCAACCGACGACGAUAUGUUCAUACACAUGCCCAACUUAGUGCGCUAUCUGCAGGGCCUGAGCAGAAGGGAUGUGCAAGAUCUCUGGGUGGGUCAUGUGCACAAGGGAUCCCCCCCUGUCCGUCACAGAAAGAGCAAGUACUAUGUGCCUUAUGAGCUGUAUCCAUGGAUUUCCUACCCAGACUACACAGCGGGGGCAGCAUACGUGGUGUCCAGGGACAUGAUGCACAAAAUCUACCAAGCAACCAUGACUCUGCACACUAUGCUGCCCAUUGAUGAUGUUUUCAUGGGCAUCUUUGCCAGUACAAUAGGGAUUUCGCCCCAAGAUCAUGCUUACUUCUCAGGUGAAGGAAAAGCCCCAUAUCACCCUUGUAUCUAUGACAAGAUGAUAACUUCUCAUGGACAUGUUUCAGACAUCCACUACCUCUGGAAGAUAGCAACUGGUCCGCAAAAUGUGAAUGUGUCCACUGGACUCAUGGGGAAGCUGUACUGUACAGUUAUGAAAGCAGUGCUUCUGUGUAAACCGUACAGCACCUACUCCUGUAUAGCAGCCUUUUCAUAGCAUUCACUGCCCUUUCACUCCGUGACAAAAAGGGUUUUUGUAAAGUUUUAGGUUUACAUCUCUAGUAACUAACCCACCUUUAUACCAGCAACCCAUAAAUAACUUGUUCUCAGGCAGUAGCAAAGGUUUGAGUCUGUAGCAUUUCUGUUAAAAUGUCUACCUGAUCUCAAGAUAAGAAGGACAGGAUAUCAGGGGUAACUAUUAGGUUAGAGAGUUGUGCUCACACACACCUUGAGUUUUAAAUUCUAUGACUUAAGGCAUGUAAACUCAAAGUUUCAUUCAGAAAGAUCAGAUAGAAGCAGCCCAGUACAUAAAGCUAUAUAUUUUAUUACAGAUCUAAAGCAUAAAAUUGGGUCUUCAAAAAUGUGUCAUUUAAUAGAAAAAUAAUCAGCCAGGCCCUAGAGCAGCAGGGGUUACGGGCCUUACUGAGGACCCAGCAGUUAAAUCACUCUGCCAACCACAGGAUUUGAACCAGCAAGCUUCUGCUCACAGGCAGAGUGUCUGAACCUGCUGAGCUACACAUGGUGUGAAAAGGACCCCCUUCCCUAGUUGGCAAAAUAUACCGUUGCUCCUCGGUAGCUGCCCAGAUUAUUUCCUUUGUAAAAGUAGCUCUCACUGUGAAAAAAAGCUGGAGGCACUGCUUGGGAGUUUACAUCCCAUCCACACUGUAAUAUACCGCAAGCUAAAUAUCAGUUGAAGGAGAUACAGACAGUAAUAACGUAGCAGAUGCUUUAGCAAAUAUUAUUGACCAAGGCUUUGUGAAUUCAUGCUAAUUGUUUUAAUAAAACAUUUAAUGAAAACAUAAGGUAAAUGUAAAUUAACCUACUGGUUAAAAUGGUGCAAUCUUUUUUCUAAUUAUUUGUGUGUAAUUAGAACUGAUUCAGUGCUCAGCUACAAUUAAGGCCAUUUCAAUAUAUUUUGUGCAAAGCUGAUGAACUGUUUUAAGAUUAAGAUUGUUGUAUGAUUGCACAUUUUCCAUUAAAUGGGUGCGUGAUUAUUUAAUAAUUCAUCUGGUUCAUCUGCAAAACGCAAGUUGAAUAUGUUAACUAGCUAGUUAACAAGGGUGCUACUGCUUCUAUGGAGAGUUCAGCCAUAAUUGACUUUUGAUUAUUGAUUGAUUGUUGAAAGCAUUCAUAAAAAUAUAUAAUAUACAAAUGCAAUAUCCUUGUGAAAACAAUUUUUUCUAGAAAUCUAACUUCAAGUCAAUUAUGUGAGUAUAUGAAAGACACUAUAGAAGUGUACAGGUACAUUCAACAAGAGAAAACACACAGAAUGAAUGUCAGUGUCACAAAUGAGACUGACACCAUGCCUGUAAAGAGUUAGUUUUUACCUUCUUCUGCUUGACAAAG